CUUCGUAUAUAGUAGAAUAGUACUAUAUAAUAAUAUUUCUUUCACACAACAAAAACACAACCAAGCUCAAAAACCAAAGGCGCAUCCUCGUAAACUGCGAAACUCACCGGUUUUUUUUUUCUUCAUCAAUACCAACGAAGAAAACAACAACCUUCGACAAUUCCAAACCAAGUAGGAGUAUUAUUCUUCUUACUUUCUUCUGUUUUAUUUUUGAACCGGCGAAGAAAAGUUUAGUUACCGGUAAUUCAUAGUUCCGGUCUAGUCUGUCAUCGUGUAGCCUGAGAUGUUACCGGCGCAACCGGUAAUAAAAACCGUGGUGGUGAGAAUCUCGCGAUACAGAGAGGGGGUAAAGUAGGUUAAGUGAAGCGGGUAAGAAAGAAAAGAGUAAAUCGUACGGUGGAGAUUGAAUCUGGUGGGUCCCACUAAAGAUGGAAACUCAGAAGACGAAUAGCCAAAGCCAAAGCAAGCUGACCCGAACCAAAUCCUCGCUGCUUCGGUGUUCUUCUCCGACCAACCGAUCCUAUAGCCUCGGUUCUGUUAAUGAAGACGAGUUUUACGAUGUGGAGAAACUCGAUAAGAAGAGGAAGAAAAACGGAAAUAAAAAGAAUAAGAAGACGCGCCGGUUCGGUUCCGGUUCAUGUUCUGGUUAUGGUUCAGGUUCAGGUUCGAUCCGGUUUGUUGCUGCUCCGAUUCUAGGUUUUUUCAGCGGGUGUUCGUUGUUGUUCUAUGUGUUGUAUUUUUUCUAUAUUGGUUCAGUGGGACCCACUUCCGAGAACGUGUUGCUGAUUCUAAUAUUCGUGGCUGUAGCGCUUUACUUGGUAAACAGGAACAAACGCGUGAUUCAUAGGAGCGUUUCGGUUUUGAAGCAUUCAUGGGACGGGAAUUUGAAACGGCUCGGGUUUAGUUCCAAGGGAAGUGAGAAACCGGUUCAGUGGUUCAUUGGAGAAACCGGUUCAUCGGACAAGGAGAGGUUGAGGUUGAAGGUGAAAGUGAAGGAGAAUGGAACAAGGAAGGAGGGUGUGGAGUGUUACAGCAAUGGCGAUUUUUACGAAGGAGAGUUUCAUGGAGGGAAGUGUAAUGGGAGUGGAGUUUAUCAUUAUUUUGGGAGUGGAAGAUAUGAAGGUGAUUGGGUUGAUGGGAAGUAUGAUGGUUAUGGAAUUGAGAGCUGGGCUAGGGGGAGUCGGUAUAAGGGUUGUUAUAGACAAGGUUUGAGACAUGGUUAUGGUGUUUAUAGAUUCUAUACCGGCGAUUCGUAUUCUGGAGAAUGGUGUAAUGGACAGAGUCAUGGUUUCGGUGUUCAAUCUUGUUCUGAUGGUAGUUGUUAUGUUGGUGAGUUUAAGUUUGGUGUUAAACAUGGACUUGGAUGUUACCAAUUUAGAAAUGGAGAUAAAUAUACUGGGGAGUAUUUUGGAGACAAAAUACAUGGAUUUGGGGUCUACCAUUUUGAAAAUGGACACUGUUAUGAAGGAGCGUGGCACGAAGGUCGUAGGCAAGGUUAUGGUGUUUAUACUUUUCGAAAUGGAGAGCGAAAAUGUGGCGAAUGGGAUGGUGGCAUCCUCAGAAAAAAUCUACCAUCACAUACUCAUGCUGUUCUUACAUCAGUUCAGGCUGCUAGGAGAACAGCCGAAAACGCUAUAAACCUUCCGCGGAAUGAUGACCAAGUGAGCAAAGCAGUAACCGCUGCGAACAGGGCCGCUACUGCUGCUAGAGUUGCAGCAGUGAAAGCUGUGCAGAAUAGAAUGGGUGGAAAUUUUUGCCAUGAUCAAGUUUAAGAGUGAGUGAGAAUGAGAUAUUAGAUAUUAGCCUCAGUUUGGAACUGUAAAUUUUUACUAAUCAUAAGUAUUUGGAAAAUGUACCACCCUGGUGAGAAAAAAAAAAGCUUAUCGGAGGUGGCUGAAGAGAGUAUGAUAUAUCAAUCUAAUCUUUGUUUCUGAAAGUAACUUGUACAUAAACAAUGUAUAUGGCUGAAAGAUGAAAUUUUCACUAGUACUUUUUCUUAAUGAAAUUUUCACUAGUAUUUUAACUUUUAA